AUGAUCCAAGAAAGAGUUAGGACUGGUCCUAAGUAUAUUUUUGGAUAUCAUCCACAUGGAAUUAUUGCGAUGGGUGUCACUGGUGGCUUUACCAUGGAAGGGGCUGGUAUCAGUAACUUUCUUCCGGGAAUUCGUUGUUUUGUGAGUACCUUGAUAAAUCAGUUUAGACUUCCUUUUUACCGGGAUUACCUUAUGAGUCUUGGUGUGACAAGCGUUACAAAACAAAAUUUAAAGGCAAUUCUAAAGCAGGACUACAGUGUCUUGAUAGUCGUUGGUGGUGCCGAGGAAAGUCUUUAUUCUAGGCCAGGACUCAAUAGCAUUGUUUUAAACAGAAGAAAAGGAUUUAUCAAAUUAGCCCUUGAGAUGUGUGGAAGUUCUGACCAUCCUAUAACAGAAUCGGCUGAUGAUGAUAUUUCCCUUGUUCCUGUUUAUGGUUUUGGAGAAAAUAAUAUUUAUGACGUUUACUAUACAAAUGGUGAGCCGACAAAUGAAAACGAUGGUUAUUUAAGACGCUUUUUGAAGUUUUUACAACUAUGGUUGAAGCGAAGAAGUGGUUUUACUCUUCCGGUGGUCAUUUCACGUGGUCUAUUUAAUUAUGACUUCGGCUUUCUUCCUUUUCGGCGCCCUAUAAACGUCGUUUUCGGCCGUCCUAUUCCGGUCAAACGACUUUUCGGAAGAAAACCCGGUGAUGCUGUAACUGAUAAGGAAGUUCUGUAUUACCACAAACUUUAUGUGCAAAAUUUGAUAGCCUUAUUUGAAGAAAAUAAAGAGAAGUACCUUGCGAAAUGGGAUAAAAGUCUCAACAUUGUUGAGUGA